ACAUAAUUUAUUGUAUAAUAUAGGAUUUAGUUUUCACAUAUAUAUCUAUAUUCAGAAUUCUAAUUACAAUUUUGAAGUGUGUUGAAGUGUGUGUGAACUUUUAAGCGUUUUAUAACAUUAUCGUAACCCACUACAAUAUUGUCAUAUAAAAGAAAAGGAAAAUAAAAUAAAAAAAAAUUUAAAAAAAAAUAUUAAAAAAAAAAACAUCUUAUCAGUUGGAGAAGCAGAAAUUAGUACCAACUACUACUACUACUAGUACUGCUACUACUACUAAACUGUUUUGUAUGAAUCUCAGAAAUAUCAGCAGCAAUGCCUUACCAGAUAAGUUUUAAUCUUCUUCAAUGCUAGACAAAAGAAAUUGGAUCAUUCGAACAUAUUAAAAAUUAAAGAUUUGUUGUGAAGCGGUCUUUUGUUUUUUUUUUUUUAUAAAUUCAAUCAACACGAGUAAACAUCCUAAUAUUGAAAUUUGCAAAAAAAAAAAAAAAUUUUUUCUGAAAAUUUUUAAAAGUAAAAAAAUCGAAAUGUUUUUAUUGUGUUAAAAAAAAAAAAAAAAUGCUUACUAAUUAAAAUCAUAUGUAGAAAUGUAAUAACGUAUCCUUAAUGUCGUUAUAAAAUGUUAUAUUCUUUUUUUUUAUUGCGUUGCUUUUACGGAAUGUCACAAAAAAUACCUUUUCUCGGUUAAAUUGCUUUUACAAAAAUUCUUGCUUCCCUUACAAAAACCACAAAUAAAACCGCAUUAUACGGUAGAUGAACAUUAACAACAGUGAUAACAGCAUGACGCUUCAAUGAUAUAAUUGUCAAUUAAUUACAAAACAAAUUUAAAAGUGUGAAUGAAACAAUAUAAGUAACAUUUGAAAGCGUUUUCUCAAUUCUCAUUUUCUAUAUAUAAGCGUAAGGUGUAACGUGGUUAAUUAACUGUUUGUAGUGGAUACUUGAGUAAAUGUAGUUAACGUUAUACGUAAGUAGUUAACUCUUUAACACGCAUUUAAAGUCAAUCAAUGUUGACAGCUCACGCUGCCUCUUAGAAUCCCAUGUUAAGGAGAAUUAAAAAGAAAAAAAUAAAUAAAUAAAUAAAACAUAAGAAGAGAUAACAACAAGUUAUUUGAACUGGAUCUGAUCGGAAUUGACUAUUGAAGAAUAAUAAUAAUUACAAGAAAACAUGAUAAAAAAUAUCAUAAUUAACAUUUAAGUGCAAACGAAAAAUAUUCAAUAAGAAUCUGUCAUCACAGCGCCUCGAUCUCAAGUAAAACAAAAUUAACAACAUGAAUAUGAAGUCAGCGAAUAGUUAUGACAACAUUAAAUGUAAUAUCGAACAACAACAAUUUGUGGAUCCUGGUGAAUGCGAUGAUCCGUUUCAGAUUGUCAUGGAAAAAGCCGGCAAUCAUGGUCGCUUUCAACUUAUUUAUAAUCUGAUAUUCGUGUCGGCUUUAGCGAUGGCUGGAGCCAUGAUGUACAUGAAUAUUAUAUUGGCAUUGAAUAUACCGGAACAUUGGUGUACGGUGCCCGGGCGUGAGAAGACAAAUUUUACUUUAGCUGAAUGGCGUCGAUUAACAUUGCCCACGCACAAGGACAAUCGUGACACCGAAACGUACAGCAGCUGUGAGAUGUUCGAUGCGAAUUUCACCGAAAUUGAUGACUGGCAAAAUUGGAAUUUAACAUCAGCACAAACCAAAGUAACAGGUUGCCGGUAUGGCUGGAGUUAUGAUCAAACAUGGUAUGAGAAAACAAUACCAACGCAAGAGAAUUGGAUCUGUGCGAAGGAUUUGUUUGUGACAAAUGUUUUCGUAGUUGCACGCAUAACAGAAGUUGUCGGUUCAUUUUUACUUGGGCAAAUGGGUGACAUUUUUGGUCGACGUUUUGUUUACUACAUCAGUGUUAUAUUCUGUUCGAUUGGUCGAUUGGCAUCUAUUAUGACAACAAGUUCUUAUAUUUGGUUUUUAAUAUUUUCGGGUUUAGCUGCUUUAGCUAUAAAUUCUUUAUUUCAAUCACCUCAGAUAAUCGGUAUGGAAAUAUCACGUGAACGAGAUCGCAGUACAAUUGCAAUAUAUCAAAGUUUUGGUUGGUCUAUCGGUACUACAUUGAUGCCAUUAUUAUUCUGGUGGCUACGUGACUGGCAGCCCUUCAUGUGGUGCACAACAAUACCAACAGCUUUAAUUUUAUUAUUUUCCAAAUAUGUCAUUGAGUCGCCACGUUGGUUGAUUAGUAAGCAGCGAUUCGCUGAUGCAAUUAUACAGUUUAAGAAGAUUGCGAAAAUUAAUGGACGCACGUUUACGAUGAGCGAAAAAGAAUUGAUACAAAUUUUCUCAACAGCUCAUGCUGAGACCACAUACGGUAUUGCGUCUCUGUUUAGCGGUUGGCGUUUGGCACGCAAUACCAUCAUUAUGGGUUUUAGUUGGUGCGUUGUGGCUGUGUCAUAUUUUACUUUAGUUUUAUUCAGUUCACGUAUGGCUGGUAAUCCUUUCUUAAAUUUUCUUUUACAAAGCAUUGUCGAAAUACCGGCUUAUAUGGUGGGCAAAUAUUUGGGUGAUACAUAUGGUCGUCGUUUCACUAAUUGCAUAUCGUUUCUCAUUUCUUUUCUUACGUGCAUACCCGUCAUAAUACUCGCUACUGACGUGCAAUACGAGCAUGUAAUAAUGGGUUUGGCAGCAUUCAUAAAAUUCUUAAAUGCUGUCACCUUCUUUACCGCGAGCCUGCAAGGAAUGGAAAUAUAUCCCACAUGUAUGCGACAAACGGGCAUUGCACUUGGCACAAUUUUGGCAAACGCUAUCGGUAUUGUGGCUCCAUAUUUAGUUUAUUUAGGCACCACCGUCGACAUACGCAGUCCAUAUUAUAUAUUGGGUACCUUGUUUUUGUUUGGCGCCAUCGGUGCUGCUUUCCUACCGGAAACGUUGCAUAAAAAACUACCCGACACCAUGGAGGAGGCUCGUCAAUUUGGCAAACAAGAGAAAUUCUUUAGUCUACCGAAGGCGCCACUAAAAGUAACGGCAGAAUCAAAAAGAGUAGGUGCGGAUGCUGUAAGAGACGACGCGGCAACGAAAAAGUUAAAUCAAACUAAGUACGCCCCAUAGCAAGUGUAAAACAUUUUUAUGAUUGCUUUGGCAAUCGCGGCAAACGUUUCAUGUACAUUUACACGCAAUUCAAGCCACAAAGCACGCGACCACUGAAGGCACAUAAACACCCCGCAUCAUCAGUAUUCCUCAUGUAUGACAUACAUAUAAACUUAAUUAUAAGUUGUUUUUUUUAUUUUUUCACUUCAUCUCUCACAGAUUCGAAAGAUCAAACUUCUCAAUGAAGCAAAAAUAAUUUUUAUUUUUAUUAUUAUUGUUGUUUUUGUUUUG